UCCUGACAACCAGCUGAAAAACUGCUUUGAAAACCCUGGAAGCAAAGCAAGCAAAGGGGUUUUGAUUCCUAAAACAAUGGCGUUCUGUCUACUGAAAUCACUGACUCGAAAAUCAUCACUACCGACAGCACUACGGUUGAGAUCACCGGAGCUAAUAGGAACAUUCUGCAUUCAAACUCUACCGUAUUCUACUAAAAGAGUGAAAAAAGAAGAAACAGUGACCGCCGAUGAGAUAACCGCUUACGGCGUUCCGUUAAGCCGUCCGAUUUCGGAAAUUCUGAAAGAAUUGAACAAGAAAGUUCCGGAUUCUCUUAUCAGAACUCGAACGGAAUCCGAUGGAUUCACUCUCAAACACUUGCCUUGGCAUAUAGUGAACAGGAUUAUGAAUUUGCAUGCUCCAGAAUGGUCUGGAGAAGUGCGAAGUAUUACUUAUUCAGCAGAUGGGAAAUAUGUGACUGUUACUUAUCGAGUAACAAUCUAUGGUACUGAUGCAGAGUUAUUUAGGGAGUCGACUGGAACUUCAUCGGUUAACGAGUCAGGAUAUGGUGAUCCGGUGCAGAGGGCAGAAGCCAUGGCAUUUCGUCGAGCUUGUGCUCGGUUUGGUCUCGGGCUUCAUCUGUAUCAUGAAGAACUGUAGCCCCGUUAAGAUUUGAUGGUAACAUGUAGGUAACCUUUGUGCUGUGGCAGCAGGUGUUAUGCUUUGACCCAAUUUUUGCUUCUUACUUUUGGGGUUAAAGACAUGAUUAUUGAUACAGGCUUUUGAGGGCUAUCAACUGCCCUGCACUAUUUUAAACUUUGAAGGGUACCAAUGAUCACAAUUUGUACCACAAUUGACCAACACCAUGUAUUUGGUUUGUUCAUAACCAACCACAAAGCUGUAUAUGGUUUGUUCAUAACCGACCACAUAACUAAAGGAAGUGGUUUGAGAUUUACACGGGUCGGUUUGCGGUUCGGUUUUGGCGGUUUAACGGUCCAGCAAGCACUUUUGACCUUUGUACUUGGAACCGGACGUGUAAACUAAACCGAUUUUGUUUAUUUUUA